AUGAUGGAAAGUUAUUCAACAUAUGAAUUUAAAGAUAAUUUAAUUAUAAAAAUUAUAAGAACUAAUGAUGUUAAAAAGAGAUUUUACAGUUAUACGGAAUAUAUUUUGGAGUUUAAGGUUCUGAACAGUCAGAAAGUUCUGAAGAAAAGAUAUUCUGAUUUUGUUACCUUUUAUGAUUUAUUAAAAAAUGAGUUACUCACAAAAUUCAGCGAAUCCUUAGAAAAAAUUAGUGUUCUUCCCUCCAAAAAAAUAUUCGGAAGGUUUAACUACAAUUUUAUAGAAGAACGAAGACAACAACUGGAAUCCUUUUUAAUGAAUAUAACGAAAUAUAAAAAUGUGUACUUGUGUGACAACUUCUACGAAUUUUUGUGCUUAGAUAAUAUAACAAAAUAUUUAUACAAGUUAAUGUGCACGAGGUUGGAAGAUAUUUGUAAUAUUCAAAAGCUACUUAAGAAAAUAAAUUAUAUUUUAUUCAUGUCACGAAAUAAUACAUUGAAGAGUGCAGAAUGUGAUAUUAUAAAUUAUUUAUAUUAUUUAAAAGAAAAUAUAAAAUUAAAUAAUGAAAUAAAAUUUUUUAUAUUAAAUAUAUUUCUUCAUCAUUUAACUUAUACAAAAACAUCAGAGAAUUUAUUGAAUGUUUCUUUGAUGAGGUUUUCCUUUGAUAUUAUUUAUGAAAAUUUAUUAAGUAAUAGUAUAAAUGAGGUUCUAUUAAAAACAUCUUCUGAAACCAUAUUACGAAUUGUUGAUAAAAGAAGUGAUGUAUUUUUAGAUUAUUUAAAAAUUUAUAACUUUAAACAGAUAUGUAUAAUAUUUAAUCUGAUAAAUAAAAAGAAAGAAAGAAAAGAUAAUAAAAAGAUUGAUAAUAUAGUAUUUAAUAUAUAUAUAUUAAUAUCUUUAUUAUUAUUAUCUUCUAUACAUAUUAAAGAUAUUCAAAAUUUUUUUAUUAUAAAAAAUAAUAAUAAUAAUAAUAAAGGUUUACGUAUAUUAGGAUAUAUGUAUGAAAGUCAGAAUAUUAAUAUACAAAUUAUUUGUUGUAUUAUUUUGUCUUUACUUAUAAUUAAUAAAACUAUUAAAGAUGACGAUGUUAUUUAUAAAACAAAAAUGUCGAUUCUAUUAAUUCAAAAUGAUUUACAAAAUAUAAAAAGUGUUGAUUAUCAAUUGAUCGAAAUAAUUUGUAGUAAAAAAAACAUUAACCUCUUAAAUUCAAUUCUUGAUUUAUUAUUAAAAGAUAAAAUAUUGAAAUAUGAUUUAACUUUAAACGAUAUUGAGCAUUAUGAAAAAUGUAUUAUGUAUGAUAAUCCUUUUGAAAAAGAUUUAUUUUAUGAACAGAAAAUUAAAUAUGCAGAUUUUUUAAAUAAUGAUAUUAUAUUACAAUUUAUACUUUUUAUCAUCAACAUUGGUGUAACUGAAUUUUUCUUGCUUAAAAAAAAUUAUAAAUUUCUUAUGAAAAAAAAAAAAUUAAAAAUCAAACUUAAAAAAAAAGAGUUAUCUGAAAAAAGUAAAUUGAGGAAAAUUAAUAAGAAAACCAAGCAGGCGCAAUAUAUGUUAACAGAUAAGGGGCAAGAUUAUAACACGAGCGCACAAAAUAGAAAUAAAAAUAUAAAUAAAAAAAACAAAAGCCAACCAAAAAAAGGACAAGAAUAUAUGUACAUGUCCAAGUAUUGUAAUGCACCUGUGCAGGAUGAUGAUGACGACGAUGAUUAUGAUGAUGAAUACGAUAAUGGAUUUAAAGGCCGUUUAGAAGCUGAAAGGAGUAAGAAUAAAAAGAAGCAACUAUAUGAAAAUGUUGAUAGGGAUGAAUAUGAAGAUGAAGAUGGUGAUGAAAAUUAUGAUGAAGAUGACGAAAAUGAUGAUGAAAAUUAUGAUGAAGAUGACGAAAAUGAUGAUGAAGAUGACGAAAAUGAUGAUGAAUAUGAUGAUGAUGAUGAAAACGAUGAUGAAAAUGAUGAUGAUGAUGAAGAUGACGAUCAAUAUGACGAUGAGGAUGGUUAUUACGAUUCUCAUUAUGACAAUGCUGAGAAUUUUAAUGUUGGUGUGAAAGGAAAAAUGAACAGAAAGAUAAAUAAAAGAAUUUCUAAUAAAAAAAAUAAGCGUAUGAAUAAAAAAGGAAAGAAAAAAAAGAAAGAUAUAGAACCUUCGAACGCUUCAGCAACGAGUUCGUGUAUUUCGUCUCUCUAUUCAUUUUCCAGCGAUUAUGACAGUGCAACAAAUAAUAAUAAUAAUAAUAAUGAUGAUGAUGAUAAGGAUUAUAAGGAUUAUAAUAAGAAGAAUAAAAAAAAUUAUGUUUUAAAUUUAAACAUGCAUGUUGUAAAGAAUAUAUCGUAUGAUGAUGAUUUUAGUGUACACUCUGGUAGUAUAGGAAAUGAUCUUUUGUUUUUAGAAGGAGAAGGCAGUGAGAAUGGUGAUGUUGAUAGUGAAGAUAAUGAUGAUAAUGAUGAUAAUAAUUAUAAUGAUGAUAAUAAUUAUAAUGAUGAUAAUAAUUAUAAUGGUAAUCAUAAUAAUAACUGUGGAGAAAAUUUAAAUAAGAAAUAUAAAAAUACAAAUAAAAAGUCAAGUGAAAAGAAGAAUAUUUCGAAUUCAUCAAAAUAUAAUAAAAAAAAUGUAACAUCAUCCGAGUUGAGAGAAGAAAUAAAAAUGUUGAAAGAGAACAGGAAAAAGUUUGUACGUAGAAUAAGAAGGAUAAAUGAACAGAUAUUAUUAAUAUUAUGUAACGAAAAGAUGAUACAUAAUAUAUAUAAAUGUGCCAAUUUAAAUAAUUAUAAAAUAAAAUUUUAUGCUUCUGUAAUAUUAUCUUAUAUACCUAAUAUUAAUGAAAUGAUAUCUAAUUUUUCUAAUCAAGAUUAUUUAAAUAAUAGGAGUAUGGAUAGUAACAUUAUAAUUAACAAUGAUAAUAAUAAAAAUGAUGAUAAUAAAAAUAAUGACACCAAUAAUAAUAAUAAUAAUGAUAAUAAUAAUAAUAAUAAUAAUAAUAAUAAUAAUAAUAAUAAUAAUAAUAAUAACUUGAAUGACGAUGUGUAUCCUAAUAGGUUUUAUAAAAACCUAAACAAUGUGUACAAUAUGAACCAUGAAGAUUGUGUAAAUAAUGAUAAUGUAAAAUGUUUUGUAGAUGGUGAAAAAGAUAAAAAUAAUUUACAGUAUCCGUAUUAUGGGCCUAUAGAAAAUUAUACAAAAUCAUCAUUUGCUUCAGAUAGUCUUGCCAUAAGAAAGAAUAGUAAAAUUUUUAUAUGUAGUGUUGAAGGGGAUUAUUAUAAUUAUAUAUAUAAGUUUAAUAUUUUUAAUGUUUUAUUAUAUUAUUUAUUUAAUGAAACGUAUUUUUAUGAACACAUACUUGUACAUUUAAAAAAGUAUAUUGAAGAACAGAGUUCUCUUAUGAAUUUAAAGCAUUUUAAAAUAAAAAAGAAUGAAUUUACGAAUACACUAUUUUUUAAUACGUUAGGAAAAAAUAUGGAAAAGAAAAAUAAAGGGAAAAAUAUAAAGAAAAAUAGGAAUAAGAAAAUUUAUAAAAAAGAGAGUUUUCUAAGUACGACAGAUAAAACGAAUACGAAACCUAAGGGACCCAUGACAUAUGGAUAUAAAAACAAUUAUGGUAAUAAUUCUUAUUAUAAUGAUAGUACUCAUCUUAAUUAUAUGAGCAAGAAGAAUAAUGUUCGUGUGGGUGAAUGUCUUAUUAAAAAUAAUAAAAUUGGAUAUGAUAACAAUAAUGAAAGUAAGGAUAAUAUUAAAGAAAACUCGGGGGAUAUGGAAAAUUCCCUUGUCGAGUACACACCAAAUAAUAGUGUUUUCGGAGAGGUUCAAAGUAUACAUAAUGAUUUUAAUAAUAUAAAAAUGAACAAUUUAAAUAAUGUGAAUAAUGUGAAUGAUGUAAAUAAUGUGAACAAUAUAAAUAAUGUGAACAAUAUAAAUAAUGUAAACAAUGUGAACAAUAUAAAUAAUGUAAACAAUAUAAACAAUGUUAAUUAUUGUGAAGAGAAUAAAACAAAUUAUAACAACGGACAAAUAGUUUUAUACAGUGAAUCCAAAAUUUAUGAUCACAUGCAUCACGUUUUUAACUACAUUUCGAAUAUAAGAAAAUUUGGACUUUUAAAUAAUUACAUUGUGGAAUUGUAUAUGAGCAUUCGAAAGAAAUUAAUGAAUAUCGAUAUGGGUUUUCUUUUUGAUUUAUUAGAAAAGAAAGUACUUGAGAAGAAUGUCAUGAAAGAUAUGAUAAAUAACUUAAAAAAGGAAUAUGAAUAUGUUAAUAUAACCUAUAAUGAUUAUAUAAACUUACAAUAUGAAUGUAAUAAAUUUAUAAAUAUAAUGGAUAAGUUAUAUGAAGAAUUAGAUGAUAUUGAAAAAAGAAGAAAGAAGAUAUUAAGAAGUCAUAAAAUUGUUCAUGUAAAUGUUUGUAAUUAUAGGAAAAAAUUAAUACAUAUAGAAAAGAUGAUAGAAGAAGCUCCUACAAUGAAAAAAUGUAUUAAUGAUGAAUUAUAUAAAAUAAAAAUAAAUGUAGGUUUAUAUAAAAAGGAUAGAAAAAAAUUAUCCUUUUUUAUAUUGUUGCAUAAAUUUUAUUUAGAUAAUUAUAAUAUUGUUAUUAAUAAAUUAAAAAAUAUGAAUAAUUUAAUAGAAAAUAUUGAAUUGUUAUCCUCGACAGAAUAUGAAAAAAAUAAAAGCUUAAUAUUUAACGAAUUAUCCUAUUUAUUAUGUAAUGAUGUUAUAUUAAUAGAAAUGUUAAAGAAAAAAUGUAAAAUAGAAGUUGCCAAAAAUAAAAAUUAUUCUUUACUAUUAGCAAGGGAGAAAAAAAUGGAUACCUUUAGUUAUAAUAUAUGUAAUGAAAAUAAGCUAAUAAUUAUAAAUAAGGACAACGUUAUGAGUGACCGUAAAAAUAUGGAUUUGUUUAAAGUAAAAGAUGAUAUUCUUGAUAAGUAUGCUUAUUAUUUUAAUAAUGAUAAUGUCUUAAAUAUGGACCACCACAUGCAAACACAAUAUAAUAGGUCAUUUGAUAAAAUGAAAAAUGUCAAAGGUGUAAAAAAUGUAAAAAGUGUAAAAAGUGUAAAAAGCGUGGAUAAUAUGUAUAAUGUGGAUAAUAUGUAUAAUAUGGAUAAUAUGUACAAUAUGGAUAAUAUGUACAAUAUGGAUAAUAUAUACAAUAUGGAUAAUAUGUACAAUAUGUACAGUAUAAAUAAUAACGCGUAUGAUAUGUACGAUAUGUCUAACAACUCUUACAAGAAUAUGCAAAAUAACUUUAAUGACAAAAGUAGCGACAGUGAUGAUAUUGUAGCAAAUAAAUUAGGAAAGAAAGGACAAGGGAUUAUACAAAAUGUAUUUAACCAUAAGAAUGAUUAUUAUAAUAAUCGAGGGAAAACCAAUUCAAUAUAUAAUUUUGAUACAACUCUUGAAGAUUUUAAUAAUAAUAAUAUUAUUAAAGAUAAUAAAGUUAUCUUAUCGGUAGAUGAAAUUGGUGUUGAAAAAAAUGUAAAGAUGAAUGAGAAAAGAGAAUCUACUGAUCAUAAUUAUCAUGAUGAGAAUUAUAAAAGAACUAAUUAUUAUAAUAAAAAUUAUAGAGAUGAUAUGUUCAAUGAAUCUAAUGAAAAAGAUAAAAUGAUGAUGCUACUUAAUGAUGAUCAAAAUGAAGAUUCAGUACCGGUAGAACUAGAUGAAGGAAAUGUAGAAGAAGAAGAUGAAGAAGACCAGGGGCACCAUCAUGAUGAAGACGAAUUAGAAGAGGAUACUUUGAACACCGAAUUUGUUUCUAGUGAUGAAGAUAAUAUAGAUUUAAAAAAGAGGAUUGAUGAAUUUAAUAAUUAUAAAAAUGAUAAUAUAAAAGGACUAUUACCAGAAGAUAUAAAAGUAGAUGAUACCAUAACUAAAAAAAGAUUUCUAGAAAUAUUUGAUAUCAUUAAAAACAGAAAAAAACAAAUCGAAAAAAUGACAACACAUCAAAACAGUGAGAUAUAUAAAAAUAUACAUAAAUAUAAUACAUUAUUAAAUAAAUGUAAUAUGCAAAUAAAUUUUAAUCAAAAGAGGUAUGCCAAGUUGAGGAAGCAAAUGGCAUCCAUAAAUACAAGUACGAUGAUAAAGAAAUCGGAAUCUAUAUACAAAACGAUCAGAGAGUGGGACGAUAAAAUCAACUUGCUGAACGACGAUAUAAAAGUUGUCGAAAACGAGAAGAAAGAAAAAGAAAAAGAAAUUGCUAUACAAAAAAAAAAGUUGGACAAAAAAGAAAAAGAGAAAAAUCAAAAAAAAGAAGAAUUACGAUUAUUAGUUACAGAAAUGUAUAAGCAUAAUAAUAAAAUCAAAAAAAAAUAUAAAAAAGAUGAAAAAAUUAUCUUAUUAAUAUUAUACAACUCAUGGUUCCUAUAUCAUUAUAUAUAUAUCAUAUAUUUAAAUACUAUAAAAUUAAAAAAUUUCUUAUCAUAUAAACAAAAUAUAAAUGAACAGUGUCUAUCAUCCGCCAAACAAACUAUUUUAAAUAUUAACUUUUUUUCCGAGCUAUUAGAUGAAAAUGAUUGUCAACUUUUUUAA